GCUGUGUGUAAAAUAGAAUCCGGAAAUACAAGCAUCCAAAGAUGGCGUUCUUCUCGUAGAAGAGUCUUACUGGGAAAUGAACUAUUGCUAUUGUUUAUUGAUUGAAGUUGCAUUUUAACAGAUACAUGAUGUCUCUGGAAAUGUUCGCCUGCUGUUGAUGAAUAGACAUUUCCCUCAACCAGAAUGGCAGGGGUAGAAUAUACUGCAGUCGGCGGCGAUUCCUAUACGGAAAACCUAAUUGGAACCUUGCUGGCCAUUUUUGGUAAUUUGCUUGUCAGCAUCUCUGUAAGCAUUCAGAAAUACAGCCAUGUAACAUUAGCGGGGACCAAGGACCCCCGUGCCUUCUACCGAACCAAAACAUGGUGGUGUGGCCUGGUACUUACCGUUCUAGGAGAAGCAGCCAACUUUGUCUCCUAUGCCUUUGCACCUUUAUCUCUAAUAGCUCCAUUGAAUGCAGUGUCUGUCAUAGCAAGUUCAAUCUUAGGUUUCAUUUUCCUGAGAGAGAAAUGGAAGCCAAAGGAAUUUUUAAAGCGAUACGUUUUGUCUUUCCUUGGAUGUAUCUUGACGGUAGCCGGGACCUACCUCUUUGCCACGUUCGGACCCAACUAUCACCAGAAACUUACUGCAGAGAACAUAGUGAAACAGGUCGUAGGGUGGCCCUUCCUCUUGUAUGUGUUCCUGGAGAUUAUUGCCUUCUGUCUUCUGCUGUACUUCUACAAGCAGCGCAACGCUAAUCACCUUGUUGUCAUUCUCCUGCUGGUGGCGCUGCUCGGUUCUGUGACUGUGAUCACAGUGAAAGCAGUGGCAGGCAUGCUGGUCCUCAGCGUCCAGGGCACCAUGCAGCUCAACUACCCCAUCUUCUACGUCAUGUUUGUCUGCAUGGUUACCACUGUGGUCUUCCAGGCUACGUUUCUCUCCCAGGCUACUCACCUGUACGACUCCUCCAUGAUAGCCUGUGUGAACUACAUCCUAUCCACAUCCUUUGCGAUUGUCGCAGGAGCCAUAUUUUACCUGGAGUUUAAUCACGAAGACAUUCUUCACAUCUGCAUGUUUUUGUUGGGAUGUUUCUCUUGUUUCCUGGGAGUCUUCCUGAUUACCAAGAACAGGAAAAGGCUAAAGGCCUUUGAACCCUAUGUGACAAUGGACAUGUCGCAAGGUAAUGAAGGUAUUCCCACCAUUCACGACAAGGGCUGGCGAGCAGUGCAGCCGGACUAUAACGGUUCCUUUUCCUACGGUGCCCUGGUUAACAAUGACAGCGUGGCGCCCGCCACUCUACCAGAGCUGGAUCAUGACCAGCUGGCAGUCACACCCAGUCCCACCGCCGCCCCCUAUAGUUCGGCUGACCUGAAGAACGACUGAGGCACCUUUCAGACGUGCUUCAACCCCCACCCCACCCGUAGGCUGCGUCUCAAUCCUCCACCCUUCUCCUGAAGUGGUGCACACGUCUGGAAAAGGGUUCAGAAUAGGGAUGUAACCAUAGACUCAGUGUAGGAUGAUGUCAUCAUUACUAUGUUACCCCCAUCUGGCCAUGUCUAACAAUAAGGAAGUGUUUUGUGGGUUGUCAGAAUCAUGCUGUACAGCGGUGGUUCCCAAACUGUGGGGUACCCCCCCCCCCCAAAAUAAACAUUUAUGAUUGUUAUUUUUUUUGGGGGGGGGGGGCACCCAGUCCAACUUUCAACUUACUCUUGAAAAGUUUUAGUAGUAGAAUGCAGAAAGUGCAACUUCUAAAUUGGGUAGUACAUCAUCAGUUCCUCUUGUCAUGUCAGUCAUUGCCUUCCUUAGUGAGCUAUGUAUAACCUGUCAGAAAUGUCCCGAUCAACUAUCCCAUGUUGGCUAACAUUUUCUAGAUAGGUUUUUUUAGCCCUUGGAUUUUAUGUUUGAGUCUUCCAGCAUUGUUCCUCAAUGCUGGAAGGGGGGUCUGGGUAGUUCCCAAAACUGGAAGGGGUGUCUGAGUGAAAGUUUGGGAACCCCUACUCUACAGUAAUUCAACUGAGCUGUACACUCUUCUUUUAAUGUCUUCCUAUCCACGGACUGCAAUGAGGGGCAUUUCAACCAUGUGACAUUAGCUUUAUUCCUGCAAAUCAUUCCAAGAAAGUUACUGAAGUAUCCUGACGUUGUCACUGACCACGGACAAACAUCGACCUGGAUCCACGCAAUCCACGCCCAUAGACAUGUCAUACCUUUGGACAUUAAUGUGCCUUAGACUAAAGCACCCUGCCUGUUUCUCCCUGCUGCUGUGUGUUCGCCACAUAAGAUUGAGUGACUUAUUCCAUGUUAAUGCAUUUCUGCAGGAUUUCUUUCAAUAGACUUGCCAAUGAAUACUGUCUGCAGUUUUCCUUGUAUGUUUUGCUUGAGCAGUUGAAGUCACCCUACAAUUCUGCCUCUGACGAGUAAGACGGUGUACGACUGCUUAGUCCAAAAAUGACCAAAAUGCUUAUAAACUGUUAUUGUUUUAAGUUAUUUUAGUUGCAUUUGAAUCAUCAAGUUGUAGUUGGGACUAUGGUCUUAAAUGCACAAUGAUUGUGUGAAUUUCAUGUAAAACUGAAAGAAAUGGUGAUUUAAAAAAAAAAAGUACCAUAUUUAUUGUGUUUGAAGCAUAAUGUGAUAAAAGUUGGACGGCUUUAUUCAAGUGGUCUUCUUGUGUUAGGAAUGGAUUUGACGCUCGGGCUUCGAAUCUACAUAGCGUCUGACUAGGAGUGCUGAUCUAGGAUCAGGUCCACCCUGUCCAUGUAAUCCUGGAUCAGCACUCUUUAACUCUUGAGACGCUUUGUGGCUACGGGCUGUGCUCUGCUCACCACACUAUCCAUUUAUAACAAUGUCAAUGAGUGUGAUGCCACUUUUCUGCUCUUUAAAAAAAAAAAAAACAUGUUUUUAAGUUGGGAUCUACCUUUAGUUUAGCUGCGUUUAUUAUGUGGACUAAAUGGGAUUCUCAAUGUCUUAAGUUAUAUAGAUGUUAUGACAAUUUCCUUGUAUCACUGUGCAAGCUAAACCAAUAUGAAGAAAUGUCCAAUGAGUGACUGAGCUGAUUUAGAAUAGACUACUGACGUCUCUGGUCAACACUUGUUGUUUGUCAUUCUGCCAGUCUUUUCAGUGAAUAGGAAAUCCAGAGGUACUGACACGACCAAUGAGCUCACAGUAUACUAUUGUUUUCUUCCUGUAACGAAUGAUUUGUAACCCUUAACCUCAUUGCCACCACUGUUGCUGUAUUAUGAACUAGGUAAGCAAAUAAAUAAUAUACUACUGA